UAGCGUCGAUAUUAUUUACUCAAGUUCGGUUCAAUAGUUAAAUACUGAGAAAAUGUAACCGUUUAGUGCGACUCUGGUUUGAGCGACAAACCGUUUAUAGCGACCAUUUUUUACGAUAAUUCGUCCGUUUAAAACGACGCGCCGUGUUUUGUUUCAAUUUAGGUAACAAAUGACCAAUACCUCGGCCCCCUCACUUUCCCCGCGCGCUUCACCGUUCAAUUCUCCUUAUUGGCGCGCGUAGAUCACAGUUAGUGUUUGUCACCUGUUAUGACAAGUUCAUAAAGCGCCAUAAAAUGAGUUCUGUGAAGAGAAAGUGUUUUACAAUUGAAGAAAAGAGUGCAAUAUUACACAGAUUAGAAGCUGGUGAAUCAAACGCGACCCUCGCAAAGGAAUUUGGCGUAUCUCAUUCUACAAUAUCAACAAUAAAGAAGAAUAAAUACAAGAUCGAGCCGCUAUUUAAUGCCAAUGUUUUGAAAUGUAAACGUGUAAGAACUUCUACUCAUGAGCAGUUGGAUAAGGCAUUGUUACAGUGGUUUAAGCUUCAGCGCGACCGGGGAAUACCUCUUAAUGGACCUCUGCUACAAGGCAAAGCAAAUUUUUUUGCUAGACAGUUAGACAUGCAAAAUUUCAUAUGUUUCAUGAGUUGGAUAAACCGUUUUAAAGUAAGACACAACAUCGUCAGUGGAAAGAUUGUUGGCGAGUCUUUGUCAGUACAACAGAGUGAUGUACACGAUUGGUUAGAAAAAGUUUGGCCUACUCUACGUGCUCAAUUUAGUGAUGAUGAAAUUUUUAAUGCAGAUGAGACCGGGUUGUUUUAUAAAUUAACCCCAGACAAGACAUUGAAAUUUAAAGGUGAAAAAUGUACAGAAGGAAAAUUAUCAAAGGAGCGAAUAACAGUGAUGGUGGCAGCCAACAUGAGUGGCACAGCUAAAAAAAACUUCUCGUAAUCGGGAAAUCUCAACGUCCCAGAUGUUUUAAGAAUGUACGGCAUUUGCCAGUGGAUUAUGAGAGCAAUCGAAAAGCCUGGAUGACUGGUGACAUUUUUAUCAAAUAGGCACGCGCAUGGGAUCGUGAACUUACGAAAAAGAAUAAGAAAAUCCUGCUGUUAGUUGACAACUGUCCUGCACAUCCCCAUAUUGCAGACUUGAAAAGCAUAACCCUAGUAUUUCUGCCUCCAAACACGACAUCAGUGUUGCAACCCAUGGAUCAAGGGAUCUUCGAGCUUUGAAAGCACAUUUUCGUAAAAACCUUGUUUUAGAAAUGAUCCAGUUUCUAGAUGGCGGAUGCAGUAGUGUUGAGUGCCCGAAGAUCACUGUUCUUGACGCUAUUCUAAUGAUUCAAGAUGCCUGGACUCAACUCAAGCAAGGAACAAUUUUUAACUGUUACAAACAUGCUGGUUUUGUCCGAAGCAAUGAAGAAUGUACCAUAACUUCAGAUGAUUUUAACGAAGAAGACGACGUACCGCUGAGCAUUUGGGCGAAGGCUAUUGAUAAGCAUCAGUUACCCAUAACAAACGAGGACUUUGAACAAUGAGCGCGUGUCGAUGAUGCUGUCGCCACUUGUGAAGAGCCGUCUGAUGGAAACAUUGUGGAUAAUAUCAUCGCCGACGACGCGAAUAGCAAAGAUAGCGACGGUGAUGAUGACGAACCAGAGUUUUAUCCAACCUUGAGUGUAUCUGAAGCUCUGAAGGCUGCGGAAACGCUUAAUGUAUUUGUUCAGACUAACUUUGAUGAUGACCAUAUGAAAACAAUGAUGUCACGAAUUCACAAUGCAGUCCGAAGUUCUUACUACCGAACAAAAGUCUGUCAAAAACAAACCCAAGUAACAGAUUUCCUACGUUAGUGACAGUAUUACAGUACAUUACGUACCUAUGUUUGUAAUUUGAGAUUUAAAAGAUGGAGUGGAUUUUAAGAGUAUUAAUUAUAGGAUACAUUAUUACAUUAUCAAGUAAUGUACAAG